AUUAAAUAAUUUUAUGGAUCAAUAAGCUAAUUAUCUUAAAAUUUGGGGUUUAACAGAAGGAAUAAGUGAGUAGGAAGUUCUAAAUAAACUUAAAGUUAUUGGGAAAAUUGUCAAAAGUAAAUAAGUAAAUAAUGUUUUGUAUAUUGUUUUUGAGGAUGAGGUGGAAAAUGAAAGUGUAUGAUAUUAUUAUCAAUUUAAUAGGUUGAAUUUUUAUAAGACACUUACACAUUUAUUUAAUAUAUUGUUGGUACAGAGAUGACACCUUAAGAUAUUUAGAAAUUUUCAACCCUAUUUUCUAAAAAUGAUGAAGAAGAGCAAUAGAGAAAAAGACUAGAAUAAGAAAAGCUUUAAGAAAUUAUCAAAAAGUAGUAAGAGGAUUAAAAAUAAAAACUGUUAGAACAAUAAAAAGAAUUUUUAAAAUAAUAAGAAGAAUAAAAGAUAAGACUUCAAAGGGAAAGAGAAGAAGCUUAAAAAAGAGAGGAAGAAUAAAGAUAAAAAUAAUAAGCUGAAACAAAGUAAUAAUAGGAGCUUUAUUAAAAAAUUGUAAAUAUCUAUCCUUAUAUAAACAAUAGUUAAAAGAAUAAGAAGAAAAAAAACAAAAACAAUAUUCAGAAUAUAUUUAGGAUUAAUAAAGGUUAGAUUAAUAAUAAUAAGAAUAAAAAAGAUAAGAAUAAUUUAGAUAUGAAUAAUCAUAAUUAAAUUAGUAGCAAUAAUUAGAUUUAUAAAAAGAAGCCUUGAGGGAAGUUUAAGCAUUAGAAUUUGCCAAAUCUUAAUUUUAAUAAAAAUAAUAGCCUGAAUAAAAAGAACAGGAAUAUAUAAAAACAAUUUAAAAUUUAUAGAAUAAACUUACAGAAGCUGAAAACGAAAUAUUUAAAUUAAAAGUUUAAUAUGAUAAUCUAGAAGAGAACUCAUUUAAAUCAUAAAGAGAAAUUUAAGAUUUAAAAGCAUAUUUAAACAAUGUUACACAAUAAAGAGAUAAUGCUUUUAAUAUGUUUAAAUAAUAAUAAUUAAACUAAUAGAGUACAAUUAGUCAAGAAGAUUUGGCCUUUUUAGAACAUCAGUAAAAAGAAUAAUCAUCAAUAUUGUAAAAUGUGUUAUUUAAAUUUGAAUUUUGGGUAGUUUUAGUUGGUGCAUGGGUUUUAAGUUAAGGAAUUAAUUUUUUUACAUGA